AUGGCUACAGAGACAAAAGAGCUACAGGCUCAAUGGCCAGUCGAGACUGAGUUGCCAGAGUAUACUCUGAAGGAGGUUGCGACACACAAUACCAAAGGAGACACAUGGAUUGUCAUCCACGGACAAGUGUUUGAUAUCACGGAAUAUCUGCAAGAUCACCCAGGCGGCGCAGAGGUAUUGGUUGACACCGCGGGCACAGAUGCCACCGCAGCUUACGAGGAUGUCGGGCAUUCAGAGGAUGCGCGUGAGAUCAUGCAGCCCUAUCUUGUGGGUGUCUUAAAAGAUGCCCAGCAGUAUGUUCGACCACAGGCCGUCCGCGUGGUAUCACAAAAGGAGCCAGAAAAUAAGACUUUAAAAACUAGCACCGUGGGACUUGUCACCAGUGCUUUGGCUGUGAUGCUGCCAGUUCUUUACGUCUGCACUUGCAGUCGAGGAAAGCUCCAUUCACACAUGGGCGCUCUCUCCCAACUACUGCCUCACCAAUUGAAGAACUUCCGUUUCCCCCGAGGUGGCUUUGUGAAUGGAUUCCUGGCCGCGAGCACGAUCAGCGGAGCCAUCGGAAUCCUAGUCGCGAAACAAGCCAGCCGAUUCACCAAAGUUGAAUCCGGAUUCAUGCGCUUCCCACCACGCAUGAAGGCCAAGAAAGUGAUUCGCGCCGAUCCCCACCUGACUCGCGGAUUCCUCGAGCCGCAACAAUACCAAAGUCUCCCUCUGGUCCAAAAGGACCAAUUAUCCGCGAAUGUCUACCGCUUCGUCUUCGCCCUUCCCAACGCCAACGGAGUCCUCGGUCUACCCAUCGGACAACACGUGGCCAUCAAGGCAGUUGUUGACGGCACCACCGUGACUCGCUCCUACACCCCAACUUCCAACAACCUCGACCGAGGCCGACUCGAGCUGGUAGUGAAAUGCUACCCCGAAGGACUCCUGAGUGGCCGAUACCUCGCAGGACUAUCUGUCGGUGAUGAAGUGGAGUUCCGUGGACCCAAGGGAGCCAUGCGCUACCACAACGGACUGUGCCGCAAGAUAGGCAUGGUGGCUGGCGGCACCGGAAUCACACCGAUGUACCAAGUGAUCCGGGCGAUUUGCGAAAACGACACCGACACGACGGAGAUCAGCUUGGUCUACGCCAACCGCAGCGAGGCGGACAUUCUGCUCCGUGACGAACUGGAGACCUUCGCCCGUCGAUACCCGCAGAACCUCAAGAUCUGGUACAUGCUCGACACGGCAGCAGAGGAUUGGGCAUACGGAACGGGCCAUGUGGAUCGCGACGUUCUCGAAAAGCAACUCCCAGCGCACUCACCCGAGACCAAGAUUUUCCUAUGUGGGCCUCCAGGCAUGGUCACCGCUACCAAGAAAAACUUGGCAAGCCUCGGCUUUACCAAGCCAGGACCGGUAUCGAAGAUGAGUGACGAGAUUUUCUGUUUCUAG